AACUCCCAACUUGGACGCAAACAUGGCAGAUAUUAAUUUAGAUACUUUUAUCCUGAAAAUGCAAGAUGUGAACGCGGUGAAGUUUGGGAAAUAUAAACUCAAAAGUGGCAUAUGGACGCCUAUUUACAUCGACCUGAGGGUCCUCGUGUCCCACCCGUUGCUUCUCAAUCAGAUGUCCAAGUUCAUCUACCAAAGAGCUCAAGAUGAGAAUCUCAAGUUCGACUUGCUUUGUGGUGUCCCAUACACUGCAUUGCCUAUCGCUACCAUCAUCUGCUCCACGCACGAGCUGCCUAUGCUCAUCAGGCGCAAGGAAGCGAAAGACUACGGAACCAAACGUCUGGUUGAGGGCUCAUUUAAAGAGGGAGAUACGUGCCUCAUCAUUGAAGACACAGUGACCAGCGGUGCCAGCAUCCUGGAAACAGCAGAAGUGCUGUACAAAGAAGGACUGAAGGUGACGGACGCCAUCGUGUUGAUGGACCGAGAACAAGGCGCAGUAGACAUGCUGGCUUCCAAGGGUAUCAGGCUUCAUCCCAUCAUCUCCAUGUUCAAGCUGCUGGACGUGCUUAAGGCCUCGGAACGCAUUGACGCGUCUACGGCGCAGAGUGUGCGCGAGUUCAUCUUGGCUAACAACACUUUUAAGCCUAAUAAGGAGAAUGGCAAUGAUGUGCCGGCAUCCAAGAAGCAAUGUGUGGAACGAGAGCUAAGCUAUGAAGAUAGAGCCAAACUUCCGAAUGUUCACCCUGUGGCGUCGAAGCUGUUGAACGUAAUGGCGGCCAAGCAGUCCAACCUUUGCUUGUCUGCCGAUGUCACCGGCACCGAGGAGCUGCUCCAGCUAGCUGACAUGCUGGGUCCCAAGAUUUGCUUACUUAAAACCCACGUAGAUAUCUUGAAGGACUUUACUGAAGCUUUCAGUGAGAAGCUGCAGGCUGUUUCUGAGAAGCACAACUUCCUCAUAUUUGAAGAUCGCAAAUUUGCUGAUAUUGGGAACACGGUUAAACACCAAUAUGAAGGCGGAUUGUACAGGAUCUCUUCAUGGUCGCACGUGGUGAAUGCUCACGCUGUGCCGGGGGCCGGCGUCGUGAGCGGCCUGGCUUCUGUCGGGACACCCAUGGGUCGAGGCUGUCUGCUAAUUGCGCAGAUGAGCUCACGGGGCUCGCUGGCUACGGGCACCUACACCGAGGCGGUGGUGAAAAUGGCUGAGGAGCAUUCAGACUUUGUAAUGGGCUUCAUCUGCGGGUCAAAGGUCACAAAGAGACCUGAGUUCAUCCAUAUGACGCCAGGCGUGCAAAUGAAAGCUGGAGGAGACAUGUUGGGCCAGCAGUACACAACUCCUGAGGAGGUCAUCUUCGAAAAGGGCUGUGAUGUCAUCAUCGUUGGACGCGGCAUCCUGGAAGCGUCGGAUAGGCCGGGCGCCGCCGAGGCUUACAGGAAGUCAGGCUGGGAGGCGUACACGCGCAGGAUGGCCAAGAGUGGACAAUAGAAAUGAUUGCAGCAAGAUUUUUUUAUGAAGAUAGAGCCACAAAACACAAAUGGAAACUUGAGCAGUAGAAGCACAACUAUUUUUGCUACAUGAUGUGGUGCUCGAUUUAUCUUUGUACUGUCCUUUUUUACAUGAUCAAUUUAAUUCAUUCUAUUAGGUUAUCUAGCAUAUUCUAUGUACGUACGCCUAACUGACUGCCUUAUGAGGGAACACUAUGUACAAACAAUGUCUUUAGGCAGCAAUCAUGAGUUGUCUUAUUAUUUUAAACUGUUACAAUGGCGGCUGUCCAAAUACACUCCCGGUUACCGUGAAUUACACGAGUGAAAUCGACUCGUAAAUGUUGUCUUUCAAUACUAUUGAUGGUAAUGGGUGUUACAUCCAUUUUGAGAGUCAAAAAGGGGUUGACCGUCUAUCGCUGUCAAAGCAGUGUUAUCAAAUUAAAGAAUCAUACUGUUGAAUUAAAACAUGCUUUUCUAAUUAUUGAGCACUUUGUGGCAUUGCAUGUCUCCUCAGCCUGCAAGCCUGUGUUCAAGAAUAUUACGCCCUCGCAUGCGCAAUCGGCAGCUACUCAUCCAAAGAAAGAUACCUGUAGUGUGAAACUUUUACAAUGCGAUAAAAUUCAUGAAAAGUUACUGAAAGACCUCCAGAGGACUAGAAUACACUGAAAAGUUAAAUU